AUGGAGACCACUUUUUCCCGAGGGGAUUCAGACCCCCCUCACCGGUGUCUAGGAGGCUGGCUCAAGGCGCUGAUGAAGGGCGGGGGCGGGCACGAUGCGGCUCGGGCCCUAGCUCGGGUCCCCAAGCCCCCGGCGGUCGGGCGGGAGGCCGGGCUCAGCCCGGGGCCUGUGUGCUGUUGCCGGUGGCCCGAGGGUUGGGCACUGAGGGCCGCACCUGACACUCGGACGAGCCCGCAGCCCGGGGCCUGCGGAGGCCCCUCUCGGGUAGGGCUUUAUCAACACGGAGCGCCCGGCGCAAAUGGCCACCUCCCUUCGACGCCCGCCCAGGGGAAGCCUCUGACCCCCAGGAGCCCACCCCAGCGAAGGCCACGUUCCCUCUCCCUUCUCUACCCCAGCUUGGCGAGAGGGGUUUUGGAGGAGCUCCCGAAACCACGCCGGCCCGCUGCGAGCUGUUGGGCUCUCGGUGCUGGGGCUUCCCGAGCUCGCUGCGCAGGGAUGGUGGAGGCGACCCGAGUGCUUUCAGGAAGGGAGAACCGGAGAGGAGCUGUCACGUCCACUCUAAUCACGGAGGAGUUGAAGAUACCGGUAGAUAGAACCUUGACACCAAAAUAGUCCACAAGUCAUCACUGACAUAAAGUAGAUCUAAUCUCGUGAUUCCCCAGCCUGUUUUAUUUUUAAAUGACCACCUAGGACCUUCCUUCCCAUUCCUGCUCUCUCCUCACCGGGGCCCCUUCUUUUUUUUUUUUUUAUUUUUAUUUUUAUUUUUAUUUUUUUUUUAUUCCUUUUAAUUGGCCCAAACUGCUGUGAUUAAAAUGACUUUUUAUUCCAAAUAAAGUGCUUGAGUAAUCCUUUUUCCGUUUUUGCGUUAGCCGAAUCCUAAGUUCCAAUAGGAACUUUUGAUUAACCUGAGAAUGCACACAUUACUCACUAGUCUGAUAGAAUUUCAUCCAAAAGCAAAGAAACAAAUGUCUUGGUUAGCCUGUGCCGUCUUUUUUAGUCAAAUACACAAAUUUAGUUAAGGCUUGUUCAGACGUUAAGACAAGUUCAUGGAUUGUGUCAUUAUUAACCUUUUAGUUAUCUAAGAUGCUACACCACUGGUACGACGUCCCUUUCUUGUGUUUACUUCCACAUUUAAUUUUUGAAGGAAUAGAGGCCAUUAGAUGCUGUCAAAUUUUUAAUGUUGCUGUUUUUUGUUGAUUUGGAGAUUGGCGUUUUCCAAAUUUUAGAGCUUGGAAAAUUGCUAGAAGGACAAAAUGUUGGGCAUAUAUUCCAAACAUGUUCAGGAAAAGCAGAUGUUAGAAUUCAAAUUGCCUCCUAUUCUUUGAAGAUUUUCAUUCCAAUCAUGUUCAUUAGUGGAUCCUUUGAGUUACUCCUGAUCUGUUAUUACCGUUGUAUUGACCUGAUAUACGACUUAUAUCCUUUGUUCAUACGUUACCAUUAAUUCACUCUCUGCUUUUGUAAUUUCCUAUAUCUUCCAGUCUGAAAAAGCUAACAAAAAUUCUUUUUGGGGGGGAAUGUAUUCUUUAACGCAAAAGUGUGUGUUCAGAAAUAGAACUUCAGUGUUGUAUGCAGUACCUUAGAAUGCUAAAUAAACUUAUAACAAGGCCUUAUUAUGAUAAGCACUUAUUGUUUUGGUUGGACUGCAUUGAAGUUUCACUUUCUAGUUAUGGAAAAAGGAAGCAUGUGGUAAAAUAAAGCUAGCUGAAAAUUAAAAGUAAUGUUUUGCAUCCAGUCUAGUAAGUUUUGAGUUACAUCUUUAUGUUUUUCAAGUUUUCUAGUUUUAUGAAAAGUUCUUAACUGUAUUUGUGACUUUCACCUCAAAUUCUUAAAAAAAAAAAAAUUAGUUUUGGCUAUUACUUUGUAAUGUUAAGUACUUUGGAGUUGCACUGUUCAAUACAAGCCAAUAGCCAUAUGUGGCAAUUGAGCACUUGAAAUGUGGCUAGUGUGAAUUGA